AUGCCUGUCCAUCAGUCAGUCCAGAUGGUGUCAGUCACCACCGGUCAAAGUCCUGGAAGAUGGAGCACCGGCCUCUGCGACUGCUGCUCUGAUAUGGGCACCUGCUGCUGUGGUUAUUGGUGUUUCCCCUGCAUGCAGUGUGAGACAGCCAGUAAACAUGGCUGGUGCUGUGGUAUGCCCCUCCUGGAUUGCUGUGGUGUGGUGUCCUGCUUACUCCGCUCCUCCAUCAGAGAGCGCUACGGCAUCCCUGGCUCAUGCUGUGAUGACUGCUGUACACUCUGUUGGUGCUACGUAUGUGCCUGGUGCCAGAUGAAUCGCGAGGUGAAGAUCAGGACCAGAUAUCAGCCGUCGACCACGUCAGUGGUCACCACACAGGUCGUCACGGCAUAAGAUGCAAAUGUCGUGGUCGUAUGUUGACGACAUACAACAUGUUUAACAAGUGGAUCAUUUCUGUUUGGAUUUUUGUAGUUAUUAGGUGAUAGACAAAACAUUUUGUUUCAAACAUAUAUUUCAAUAAGCAUCAGAGGGACUAUUAGACUUCUGCUUUCCAGUUUGUAAUAUCAGUAGUUUUAUAGAUUUAUAUAGAUUAAUUUGAAGCUUCAUGACCAAUUAAAUAAAAUAAAGUAUUUUUAAUUGGGUACAAUGUAAAGUUUACUUUAAGAUUGUAACUUCUUAUAAAAUGUUAAAAAUUUAACUUUUGAGAAAAAUGGGUCUUUGAGUUUGACGCUGAUUUAGUAGUUGCAGUUUCCAGACAAUUUCAUCCUGGAAACUUUUUGUCUGGGGUCUGGAGGACCUGCUGCUCCAGAAAUACAGUUGCAGUUUUACAAUCAUCCAGUAGAUGGCAAACAAACAAACAAAGAAAAACACCAGGGGUCUAGACGUGCAGGUCCAGAUCUGCGAGUCUGAAUCUGUAGGUCUCCGGGUCUGCAGACACAUACUCGGCUCCUUGUCUCAUCUGUGACUCAGUAAAGGACAUGUUCUCAACCCAGAGUUAUUGUUUUUUCAAACAGUGUUGAAGUGUGGAGUUUUUAUACAGGAAGAGUAGGAGGAAAAGGAUGUUUAUGCAAAUGGGAUAUUGUUACUGUAUUUAUACAGUUGUA